AUGGAAUCAUUUGGUGUAACAAACUCACAAAUUCAAGCAUUAAAAGUUUUUAUUAAUCUUCUUCAACAACACCCGGAGUUUCUUAAUGAUAAUAGACUUGAUUUCUUAAGAGAUUAUAUCAUUUCACUUGGAGGUAAGAUUCCUGAAACUAAAAAAGAAGAACCAAAAUCUGAAGAAAAGCCAAUGGAAGAAGAAAAGAAAGAAGAUGAAACAACUAAAGAAAAACCUAUGGAGGAAGAAAUUAAAAUCGAUGAUCCUGAAGUUAUUCCUGGUGAUACAAUUGAACCAGAAACUAUUAAUAUGGAUGUUGAAGUUACUGAAGAAAUGGAAGUUCAAGCAUCUACUAAACGAAGUGAAGCUAUGGAAGCAUUUAAUAUGGGAGAGGUUGACAAAGCAAUUGCUACAAUUACUGAAGCAAUUAAGUUGAAUCCAAGAGUUGCAAACUUUUUUGCUUGUCGUGCUCAAUACUAUAAUAAAGCUAAAAAACCAAAUGCAGCAAUUAGAGAUUGUACUACAGCUAUUAAAUUGAAUCCAGACAAUGCUAAAGCAUAUAAGAUGAGAGGUAUUGCUUAUAGAAUGAUUGGACAAUAUCAAAAAUCCGUUGUUGAUUUAAGACUUGGUAAUAAACUUGAUUAUGAUGACAGUACUUAUGAGUUACAAAAAGUUGUUGAAAAGUUCGUUGCUAUUGAAAAACAAAAUGAAAAAAGACAUAAUAAACAAGAAGAAGAAAAACCAAAACAAGAAGAACGACAUCAAUGCCAUUGUGGAGGUGAAAAGAAACCAGGAUGUGAUGGACAUGGUGGAUGUCAUAGACAAGGAGGUUGUUGUGGUGGACAAGGAGGUUGUUGUGGUGGACAAGGAGGUUGUUGUGGUGGACAAGGAGGUUGUUGUGGUGGACAAGGAGGUUGUUGUGGUGGACAAGGAUGUUAUGGUGGUAUGCCAAAUAUGGGAGGAAUGCCUAACAUGGGAGGUAUGCCAAAUAUGGGAGGAAUGAAUGGACUAUUUGCUGAACUUGCAAAAGAUCCAGAAUUAAUGGCUGCUAUGCAAGAUCCAGAUGUUAUGGCUAAAUUAUCAUCUGCUAUGAGUAAUCCAGCACAAAUUACUGCAUUAAUGAGUGAUCCAAAAGUAGGACCAAUUUUGAGUAAAUUAAUGAGUAAAUUUGGUCAAGGUGCUGCUCAAUAA